AUGACCUGCAUCGUAGGCCUGGCGCGGCUUAUCAGACGUCGACGGCAAGGGCAGUGCGGACUGCCUAUGAGCAAGAUGGAUACACAUUUUACGAGGCAGGAGAAGUAUGAUCGCGAGCAGCAGACGAAGGAACUGCAACAGAGGUCGUAUCUGAGAGGAACGUCUCCGAUCGCGAUGAACAUUGCCCAGCGACGUCGGAUCGAAAUGCUGGCAUGGUCGACUCAUUCGCUUCGGCCUGUCCUAGAAAAGAAAGUGAGGAUCAACACCGGAACGAUGUUUCAGUACCUGCUGCAUGGUCUGUUGAGACUCACAGACAGGAAGUCUAUGAGUUGCCAGGCUCCAAAGAACUUCAUCCACCGCAGAGACGAAAUCAAACAGUCCACUUUCCUCAGGUUGUGGAUGCAGAAGGCACCCGUUCCUGGAGGCGGGUGA